AUGCCGACGACGAUGGAGCUCCGACCCAGAAACCCAAUCGCACGGGCGUUCGGAGGGCGCAUCCCCACGGCGGCUGGGAGAACCACACUCGCGGUAAUUUUCAACGCGUCGACGGCAUCAUCCUUUUCGCACAGCCCGCCAAACUCGGCGGGCGCCGUUCCAGCUUACACCCCGGGCGGCACAGCCGCACAAUCGCCGGGUGCCAACACGACCAGCCUCUCCGUCGGUGGUAAAAGGGGACUGGCCUAUAACACCGCAUCGUUGACCGACGUCUUCGCGGGCAAGGGCAUGUCGUGGGCUUACAACUGGGCCGCAGACCCCACUGGCACCAUCGUCACGGGGGCCGAGUACGUGCCCAUGCUGUGGGGUCCGGACCAAAGCACGACGUGGGCCGCCCUCGCCGCCGCCGCGUUCAGCGCUGGCUCGAGACAUGCCCUCUCCUUCAACGAACCGGAUCACGGAGCACAAUCCAACCUCGAGCCGUCUCUGGCUGCUGCCAAACACAUCGAACACAUGAACCCCCUCCCGAGCGAAAUGUCCAUUGGCUCUCCGGCCAUCACCAACGGCGGCAGCGAGAGCCCGCCGAUGGGGAUCGUCUGGCUACGUGAAUUUCUCCAGCACUGCCAAGGGGCGUGUCGCCUUGAUUUUGUGGCCUUUCACUGGUACGACUCGGCGAGCAAUUUCCCCUACUUUCAACAGCACGUGUGGGACGUCAUCAAUGUGACCCAGGCGGCCAAUGUGGAGAGGGUGUGGUUGACCGAAUUUGGCGCCUCCGGCUCCGACAGCGAAGUCGCCUCCUUCGUGCGGAGGGCGAUUGACUUUUUAGAUUCGACCGGCGCCGUAGAGCGGUAUGCAUACUUCAUGUGCGCGGACGGACUGUUGGUGAGCUCCAACUCCAUCUCUUCACCGAUCGGUGAGACGUACGCGGAGGUGUGA